AGCCUUGGUGUUCACCGCUUCGCCUCCCUAUCAAGCUCUUCUUCAUCACACGCUCGCGUUCGCUCCUUGCUCGCUCGGCGCUGAUCCCGGUGGUGGUGGGAGAGAGGAAGAGGGAAGCAGCUACUGCCGGUGGUGGGGCGGUCAUGGCGGGGACGGACGUGUUCACGGAGAUCGUUGAUGGGAAACAGGUCUACAAGUACUACGCGGACGGCGAGUGGAAGAAGUCCGCCUCCGGGAAGGCCGUCUCCAUCGUCAAUCCCACCACCCGGCAGACUCAGUACAAGGUCCAAGCAUGCACGCAGGAGGAGGUGAACAAGGUGAUGGAAGCUGCAAAGGCAGCGCAAAAGCUGUGGGCGCGGACACCGUUGUGGAAGCGGGCGGAGCAUCUCCACAAAGCGGCAGCGAUCCUCAAGGAGCACAGGGCCCCCAUAGCCGAGUGCCUCGUCAAGGAGAUUGCCAAGCCUGCGAAGGAUGCCGUCACCGAGGUGGUAAGAUCAGGGGAUUUGGUGUCAUACACAGCAGAGGAAGGCGUUCGGAUACUCGGAGAGGGCAAACUCUUAGUCUCAGAUAGCUUCCCUGGUAAUGAGCGCAGCAAGUACUGCCUCAGUUCCAAGGUUCCUCUUGGUGUUGUAUUAGCUAUCCCUCCCUUUAAUUAUCCUGUGAAUUUAGCGGUCUCUAAAAUUGCCCCUGCGCUAAUCGCCGGCAACUCGCUGGUGCUCAAGCCUCCAACUCAGGGUGCAGUUGCUGCUCUUCACAUGAUACAAUGCUUUCACCUUGCUGGUUUCCCAAAGGGCCUGAUCAGCUGUGUCACCGGCAAAGGAUCCGAAAUAGGUGACUUUCUAACGAUGCACCCCGGAGUAAAUUGCAUAAGCUUCACCGGAGGUGAUACCGGAAUUGCCAUUUCAAAAAAGGCUGGAAUGAUCCCUUUACAGAUGGAACUCGGUGGAAAGGAUGCGUGCAUUGUGCUUGAAGAUGCUGAUCUCGACUUGGUUGCCUCAAAUAUAGUGAAAGGAGGUUACUCUUACAGGUCAUGCAAUCAGAGAACAAUCUUGGUUAAUGUUCAUAUGUGUUUUGUUGAACGUCUCUUGAUUUACUCGACAUGUUGCAGCUUCUAUUUCUCUUGUUUCAUCCAUCCAGUCUCAAAUUGCUUUACUUUUGUUCAUCACAGUGGUCAAAGAUGCACAGCUGUUAAGGUAGUUCUAGUCAUGGAAUCAGUAGCUGAUGCUGUCGUGGAGAAAGUGAAGUCUAAAAUGGCAAAACUAUCGGUCGGAUCACCGGAGGACGACUGCGACAUCACUCCGGUUGUAUCAGAAUCUUCGGCAAAUUUCAUAGAAGGAUUGGUGAUGGAUGCAAAGGAAAAAGGAGCCACAUUUUGCCAGGAGUACCGGAGGGAAGGAAAUCUCAUCUGGCCAUUGCUACUUGAUCAUGUCCGGCCUGAUAUGAGGAUUGCUUGGGAAGAACCCUUCGGACCUGUCUUGCCUGUGAUCCGGAUCAGCUCUGUUGAGGAAGGCAUCCACCAUUGCAAUGCCAGCAACUUUGGCCUCCAGGGAUGCGUCUUCACAAGAGACAUCAACAAAGCGAUACUGAUAAGCGACGCUAUGGAGACGGGAACUGUUCAGAUAAAUUCGGCCCCAGCUCGAGGACCUGACCAUUUCCCCUUCCAGGGCUUGAAAGACAGUGGCAUCGGUUCACAAGGGAUUACUAACAGUAUCAAUAUGAUGACGAAGAUCAAGAGCACUGUUAUCAACCUACCGUCUCCAUCUUACACCAUGGGUUGAAAGAUCUGGUAGGCUAUAGUGCAGCUGUUAAAUAAGUAUCAGAAAAUAUAUGAGCUCAGUUAAGUUUGCAUAUUGGCUUUCAUCUGUAAUGAAAAACAAAUGUAAAAUGGCAUGUUUGCCAUAUCUAGCAAUGAUGAACUGAAAAUGCAAAUUCAUGGAUAAUUUUCUUUUGUGGAGGAUAAAUUCUCACUCUUUUUAUGUUCUAAGAUUUGAUGAAAAUUGUAAAAGAUCAUUGGUUUGGUGGUCUCA